AACCAAUAUAGAGUUGUGUAUACCUUUGCCUAGUUCGAAUAUAUUAUACCAUAAAAUGAAGAUCCUUUCCCUCUCUGAAAAUAGUAACAAGCUAUACGGACUAGGACUUAUUUUGUCGACCGACAGCGAGUGAUCUGGUUUCCCUUUUACAUGGAAGCUGUCGAUCCUUGUCGAAAAGGUCGUAAAUCGAAUGGAGAAACAGAUGUCCUCAAACUCCUUUUACAGUUCCUUCGGAACUAUAGUUGUAAUACCGUGGAGUCCCUGAGUAGUUUGUAUCGUCUUCUCCUACAACAAAAUACAAAGUCAAAUUGAUUUUACCAAGAAUGAGGAUUAGUUAUACUAGUAACUUCUCAAGAUGAAUGAAAAACGAUUCCGAACUGGUAGAAAUUCGUAGGAUCAUAAUGUGAAUCAAUAGUGGUUUGUCACCAUCAACACAUGGCCUCAAAGUAGUACCGCGAAAUCGGGAUAGCGACGCUGCCGAGACGUGAUAAAGCACUGCCAGCUUCAGGCAAAGAGGCUCUGUGCGAUACCUGUCAGCGUGACCCCGAGGGGGAUUCUUGGCAGGACUUUUUCGCGCAAUCGAAAUUGCACGCGCCAAACUCGAAACUAAGCAGUGCGACCACAGCGGAUUCGAGUGCGCACACUUGGUGCUUCGAAGUGUGGGUCUGUCAUACGAGUUCGCGGUCCGUCAGAACCGUGAUGACGCAGCCGAACGAAACGACGAUAGACAUCUCCUAAGGUAGAGAGUCCACACGGCCUCGAUUUCGGCGAAGAUUACAAUGUUGGUGUCCACCUCCGGAGAGAAAAAUGCGCUCUCGCUGGCUACCGUAGACGAGGUGGAGCAGCGUUUUCUGGCGGUAUUGGAUCCAGAUGUCAAGGAACUGGGUAUGAACCUGUCAGACAGCCAUGCGCCUCUCUCCGGUUCGAAGACCAGCGUCUCAAGUCGAGCAGCGGCGCUCAGUGACGAUAACUUUCUCUGGGAUAGAUCCGAUGGAGGCAGCACAACAAAUGCGCUGAAGACUCAACAGGACAACUACAUUACUAAGAAAAUGUAUACUUCUAGAACAAAAACAAACACGACUCGGCCAGCGUCUAGUACUGCUUCUGCUUCUAUGCACGCGUUUUCUAGUGCUACAAGUUGUUCUAGUGCUCUCGUGAGUAGAGGAAAUAAUACUAGUGGUAGUGGAGCACCGCCACCCGGAAGCAGAGGCUCCAGCUUUAGCCCCGAGAAGUUUAGGCACCCAUCACAUUUGCCCUAUAGAUUAAGGCUUACCGUGAUUCAUCUUAAGACGCAUCCUUGUUGACCCGAUUUCUAAGGGGAAAGCACGUCAAAGAUGUUUUUCAAGAUGAAGAUAGGUAGGGUCUAAAUAGAACAAGAUACAACAGCUCUUCCUCCUCUGUGCUAUCGAUGCGACCACCGGCACCGUCAGGCAACGACAUGGAUCACCUUGGAGCGGCUGAGUCGUCUAAUACUAUCUCGAGAAACGAUUUCCAAGAGAAGCUGCAGCGCCUCACAGAACUUCAAAAGGAAUUGGAAAAAAGAAGGCAGGAACCUACACCAGCGUCUUCUUCUACCUCCGCGUACCUGUCCAGUCAGCGCGCGGGCACGAGCCAUCAUAGCAAAAACUUCGAACAAAUUUUAGUUAAUCAGCCAUUGUACUCCUAUAGCUUUCUGCAUGACGAUCAUACGAAAAAUAUAGUUGCAAGAAAUCCUGCAGAGGGGCAAAAACCCGGAGCAACAGUGAGUAAGAUUAGCGCCUCCACGAGUGCUAGUCUCGAGCAUGGGGCAUCGUCCACCCGGUGUUCCUCGUAUGCGACCACGGCAUACUACAACACUAAAGACCCUUCUUCGGCAUCUGGAGGUGGGACGAGUAAAACGAUGGCACAAGAGCUACAGGUAGUAGGCGGAUCUGCAUCAGAGAGAGCUUAUUCGCCAGGAGAUUUGUUCCCGCUUACGAAGUCUGUAACGAGUUCUGCAACUCCUGUGGGUGAUCGGAUUAGCUCGCGACAUCGGCGAAAGUCACCGUUUCUUGGACGAGCAAAAGAAAAUCUUGCAGAGCAAAAAAGUACCUAUUUUUUUUUGCAUUUAGUUUCUCUUCCUGUCGCUUGUGACAUUCACAUUGCAAGUCUAUUAAUGUCAUACUCGAUGUGAUGAUUCGGAUUAGUUGUGACAUGUCAUUCCUACUAAAUUUCAAUCAUCGCAUAGCUCAGGCCUGACGCGUACUCCGCAGUUACCAGCGUGGACGCCUGGUAGCACGUCUGGGCUGCACUAUCCAGCGACUCUGUCGCUUCUGCGUCGUGACGAACAUAGCCAAAGAGAAAAAGAAAAUUCCGGAGAUGACGAAGAUAUUCUAGCGCAAAGAGAUCCAGGUCGCAUCAUAUAUCGGCGAAGCGAUUACUUUGCAGAACCGGGUUUUUUCGCAAGUAGUUCGAGUUCGAGAAGAACACCAGGUGGACGAGGAGCCUCUGCGUCUACACUAAACGGAAGUAGAAGAGACCUCUUGGAUAGAAGUAGUACGAAUUUGCGAGCUAGUACAGACCCAGACGAUAUUUUUACUACGAGUGUGCGUGGUGAUCCUCGUCGUCCAGCUACGGAAGAAAUAUCACGCUUUCUUUCCCAGACAGCAUCCGAAGUAGUUUCACAGCACAACAACGUGCAACUACGCACGCCUGCGACGCCUGCUCUGCCCACGCCUGGCAGUCUCUUCCAAGGACAGCACUCGACGUAUCCGGAACAAGAUCCUUCUGUUUGUGAAACUGCACUUUGUGCUGCUGCUAGUAGAGCGAUAACGCCCUAUUCAACACACAGUCGAAACAACGCUUCAGCACAAGCGACACCAGCAACGGCAAGAUUGCCCAGUGCGUAUAAGGAACACGGACUUGGACAGAGCGACGAGCGUGACAUCGAAAACUCAGGAACAAGUCCGUGGUGGGAUAAGGAAUUCAGAGGAGCGACACCAUCAGCGUCUCUGCAGAACAAGACGCCAACCUCGGGACGCACUCGUGCUCUUUCCAGAUCUACCCUGUCCCUCUCUUUCAUGCCGCCUCGUCGAUCUUCGCUUCGUAACCGCAGCAGCGAACCCGCAAGCCGAUCGACGUCGAAGAGGUACUUAUAUGCGUAUAAGAAUCUAGCUGAGCAGCUGUACUACGGUGUUAGUUUCCGAGUAAAGAAGAGAGCUGAUUGAAAUUGUCCUCUUAUUAUUAAUCCGUUUAGGUUGAUGGCAUCUAAAUCUACCUACGUCGUAAAACCCAUUUUGCCUACAAAUGAUAGGAUAUGAUCCAAGUAGCAGAACCUACAAGUGUAGCAACGUUAUCUCUGCGGAUCCCUACAACUUCUAGGUCGCGGUCCCGCGCUCCCGAAGUAGCACCUGCGGUUUUAGACGGUCUUCCACUGCAUGCCUUUCAUCCGCCCGCCCCCGCGGGUACGUGGCACCCUCGCCACCUCGUCAACCUCAACGAACACAUCUAUCCAACACAAAGGAUCACAAGUACCUUCUCUUGAUGUGGUCGGAAUCUUCGUGGAAUUACGUCAGUCUAACUUCUACUUAACUUGUCCUUCCUACAAAUAAAAGUAACAAAUAUAUUGUCAUGAUCCUACUUACUUGUAUUGUCCUCUCCCACUGCUCUCACAGCCCACAAAGAGCGCGUUUUCGAUCAAGUUACUUCGGCACACUUUCGAGUGCCGUUGAAUCCCGGAUCCUUUCGGAACCAUGUGGCAGCGAUGCGUCGUUUCCAACGUGACCGCAAGUCCGAAGGUCGGGAUGCUGAUAGAGGGUGGAUUCCUUGAUAGAGGUUGGAAUUGGAUUCCUUGGAUAGAGACAGUUGACAAAUUUUCAUUUUGCAAGCUUACCAGUUUAUCGCUCUUGGUUUCGCUUUGCGAGUUUGGUGUUAAUGAUCAACGCAUACCUAGUGGAUUUUUCGAAGCAUAAUUUGAUUUCUUCGCAAGUGUUACAGUUACUUACCAAAUUUCGCAGAGGACGCACGUCGUCGUCGUGUUGACUCCUUUUAUUCACUGCCGCUUCAGCAGCCUUUGGAACAUGCUUACUUUUCAAAUCACUACUACAACAAUACCAGCAAGAAACUUCCAAAAAUCGCGCAAAUUUUUUACUACACAGAAACUAACACAGCAAGAGCACGACCCGGAUACUCCGC